AUGUCAAAAAAAGAAAAAGAUCCGUGGGUUAGAAUUUUUGAUGUCUCAGAACCAAUUUUACACAAGAAGGGAUAUACUUUAUAUAAAGUUACAUCAAAAGUAUUUCCUAAAAAUUCUGUUGAAGCAGUUUCUGAAGUGACUGUCUGGAAACGAUACAAUGACUUUAAGAAACUUCAUAAAGCUCUCAGUUCCAUUCAUCAGAGUUUGUAUUUGAAAGAUACCUUUCCCACAUUUGCUAAAGCACGCUUUUUUGGUAGAUUUGAGGAAUCUGUAAUUGAAGAACGACGACAAAGUGCAUUAUCAUUGUUGAAGUUUGCAGCUUCUUACCCCCCAUUGUUUACCAGUCAAGUUUUUGUGAAAUUUUUUGAGGGUGGACAUCUUGUUGAAAAUUAUAAGGAAAAUUCUGAAGUAAGAGUUGAAGACAAUGUUUUGCUACCUGAAACAACUGUACUACAAUGCAGUAUAUUGCAGCCAAAAACUGAAAAUAAUAGUGUUGAAAAUAAUUUGAAAGAUGCAAGCAAUACCUUAGGUGGAACAUGGCAGCAUCGUCAGUUACCUGACAACAUAAGUCUUGGAUCUCAUUGCACGGAAGAUGAAGAUGACCGUACCACUUUUACUGAUGACGACAGUUGUAACUCUCGACCAUCUCUUAACUUGUCAGAGUUUGAUCCUCUUUUUGAAGCUGUUACUAAUGAUUCUCCAUCCAGGAAGUUUUUCUCAGAUCAAAAUAAUCUUUGCAACAACUGGCUGUUAUCAGCCUUACAGUCUUGCAGCAUCAUUAGUACUGAAGUAGAUAUUGAAGGAACUCUUGAAUUCCCUGUCCCGUUUGGAGACCUUGAAUGUGCUGAAGAUGUUGUAACACCUAGCAAUGAGUUUAGCAAUGCCACUAAUUUUUCAAAAUUGGAGCAUUUCACGUUUGACACAGUCUCUUGUAACGAAGAACAGUUACCUGAUGUCUCAGCUUUUGAUCCAAUAUUAAAUACAGAAAGCAGCUUGAAUGAUUUUGAUGAUAAUUUAUACAACUAUGAUGAUUUUGCAAUGACACCAAAUUCAUGUAAAACAGAAUUGCAGAAAAGACCAUCUUUCAUUGUUCAUGCUUCAAAAUAUGUUGUAAAUGCACAAGAAGCCGAAGAAAAUGAGAGAUAUGCUGAAGCUUUUGAAUCUUAUAAGAAAGCUAUAGAUUUACUUUUGCAAGGAAUUCAAAAGGACAAGUGUUCUGAAAUGAAUGAUGCUGUACGAAAGAAAGUUUUAUUAUAUCUAAUGCGUGCAGAGGAAAUUUAUGAAAACAGGCUGCCAAAAGCAAAUCCAAAAAAGGAUCAGAUACAUUCUUCUGUGAUUGAGCCUAUUGAUAAAGUAUCUAGCCUUCAAGGAUGUAUGCAAGAUCUCAACAAAUACAAAGUGUUAGGUGUUUUAGAUAAAGUUUUACUAGUCUUAGACAUUUCGGAUAACAGUACAUAUGUAGUAAAGACAUUAUACAAGAGCUCAAGCCGGAAAAGCAUAGACAUACCUCAUAUCAUACCACAAAAUGUACCUUUUAUGGUGAAACUUUUCAAAAUUUAUGAAACUUCCUACGCAAUAUUCCUAAUUCUGCAGCAUGCAACGGGUGGGCGAUUGUGGGAUUAUGUGAGUUCUUUUCUUCAUCGCAGCCCAUUGUCACCUUGCAAUGAUAGUCCUUGUCUGUACAUAGAGCCCAAAAACAAGACUGAACUUAGUAAUGUCUAUUCUGGCAAAAAAAUCACUGAAAAUGGUAACAAAGCUUAUGCUAACAGUUCCAUGGAUUCUGAUCUUAUACCAUCGAAAAAUUGUCCAUCAAGUUAUGUUGCAUUAUUCAAACACUAUGCUGCGUCAGUUAACAAGGAAGAAAAUACUGCAUUAGCUAAAUAUCACAGGUUUGCACAGUUAACACCAGACUCUACUACAAACCACAACUCAUCAAAUAUUUGCCAAGAUUCAAAUAGCGAGAGUAAGCAAAAUACUCUCAUUCUUAACAGUAACAACCAGAUACACCAGAAUAAAAAUGCUAGAAAUCGUUUGUCAUCAUCCACUGGCAGUUUGGAAACGGGUAUUUCUCAAAAGGCAUGCGCAUUUGAAGCUUUUAACGCAAUGGAUGAAGCUGUUUCACAGGCAUGUGCAAAAGUCAACCUUCAUUUACCUGAGUCUUGUGUUUGUUUAUGGGCUGCAGAAAUUAUUGUAGCUUUGGAGAGCCUUCACAAUUUAGGAAUCACAUGGAUGGAUUUUCAUCCUGACAAUAUUUUACUAGGAGCAGAAGGUCAUAUAUUAUUGACGUAUCAGAGCCAGUGGAGUUGUGUUGAUCAUGUGAUUAAAGAAACUCUGAAAGAAAAUUUGUUUUGUGCUCCUGAAGUUGGAAAUAUUUUCCCUGUAUCUAAUGAUUCUGACUGGUGGAGUACCGGUGCUAUCAUUUACGAGCUCUUAACUGGAAAGUCUCUUCUUUUUUCUCAUCCUACUGGUAUUACAAGACAUACCAUUUUAAACUUUCCAUCUGAUAUUAGCUCUGAUGCCAAAGAUUUUAUUACAAAGUUGCUGCAAUUUAACCCUACAGAGAGAUUAGGCUCUGGAGUUUAUGGAAUUGAAGAAAUUAAAUCACACCCUUUUUUCCGUACCAUUGAUUGGGAAUCCUUCUAUCAGCAAUAAUUAUUAACUUGAGACUAAUUUUUAAUUGCAAAAUUUGUUAUUUAUGAGAAAAAUCUUCGAUUUUAAACAUUUG